CAGUAUUUCCAUUCUGUUGUUCCCCGUCGGCGGAUGAUUCGUGUGUUUCUCCUUGAGACGCGGUUCUGAUUUCCUUUGUGUAAAAUAAAAUCGCGCAUUUGCACGGACUCGCGCAGCGCACACACUGCUCCGGUUAAACCAGCGCCGUUUCCUCAUCUCUAGUUAAACGGAAAUAAGAAUAAAGAACAUGCAUCUUUACAAUUUCAUUGGUAUUUCCCCAUGUAAGCACACACAUUCCCACCGUAUGUUAGUAUUUAGUGUAUAGCAGUUAGAACUAGCGCUGUUUUUAGGUUUAGAGAGACCGGGUUGUAAGUAGGUCGGGCUGGGUUUAAGCGGCUUUAGCCUGCGUCAGCCUAAGCUGGGAGGAAUUCACCCAAAGCCCUCCGCGGUAGGCGGGGGCCUAAACGAGGCUGGCCUAGUUAAGCCUGAUUCUUAUUGUGUGCCUGUGUGUGUUGUAUAACACAGAGCAGAGAAGACCUUGGAUGAGCGAGAGUACAUGCGUUAGACUGUGUUUGAUUGAGAAUCCAUAAAAGGGGAGGAAGAAGAGGGACAAGGAAGAGAGGAGAGAGUGAGUGAGUGAGAGUUAAACCAGUAUUAGCCUAAGCCUCGUCACGGAGCACUGAGUGAAGGAACAGAAAGAAAAGGGAGGUAGAGAACCAGACCAAAUGUAAAAAGGAGAGGAAAAUAAGCAAGUUAUUGAGUUGAGUUAGUGCUGGUGUCUAGGCUUGGCCUAGUCUGGUUCCCUGGGCUAUGUUCUAAGAUGGCGUCUGGGUCCGUCUACAUGUCAUCCAGUAUGGUGGGUAAGGCUCGCUCCUCCAACUUCACCUUGUCUGAGAAGCUGGACCUGCUGAAGCUGGUCCGCCCACACAUCCGCAUCCUGGAGGAGCACACCAACAAGCACGCCGUCAUCGUGGACAAGAACAAGUGCUGGGACACAGUGUCGGAGCAGUAUAACGUCCUGGGGGGGGACAGGCCCCCCCGCACUGCCCAAGGCCUACGCACCCUCUACAAGAGGCUGAAGGAGUCGGCCAAACAGGAAGUGAUGCAACGGAGACACUCCCAGCCAGAGUACAGAGGAAGUAUAUCUGAACCAACCAGGAGAGUGAUGGAGAUGAUACCUCACCUGUUCCAUCACGGAGCUAUCCACCAUGAUAAAGACCCUGCGACGAUGCACAGGAUGAUGUAUAAGCAUGACUCUCCCAUGGAGCAGCCUGGCAGCAGCUCCUCCCUCCCAGACUACCCAUCAAACCCCAUCACCCACCACCUGGACCAGGAUGUGAUCAGGCUGGACCAGGAUGUGAUCAGGCUGGACCAGGAUGUGAUCAGGCUGGACCAGGAAGUGGACGUGAAGCCUCCGCCAGACCUGACCAUCCUCUCCACGCGUGUGGGGGCGGUGCUAGGAGGCGAGGGGGGGGAGGAGGAAGAUGAGGAGUUGGGCAGUGUCCAUGGUUACGACGGCUCCCUCUCUCCCUGCCCAUCCUCCGUCGCCCUGCCCCUCUCCACCUCACCCGUUCCCCUGCAACGUGACCUUUACCCUCAUGACCACUACCCCCGCCGUGACCCUGACAGGCUCCACCCCCUUCAGCUGGCCAAGGAGGAGCACGAGCAGGUCAUGGCCAAUCACAGAAAGAUGGGCGUAUACCUGGAGGAGAAGAGGGAGGGGCUAAAGAGGAAGCAGGAACUGGAAGAAGAGCUUAUGAGAGCGAAAAUCAAAGUAGAGAAACUGAGGGCAGCCAGGCUGAGACAUGGACUACCACUGCCCCUAUAAGACACACCCAUGGCCUGGUAGGACUGACCAUUUGGAACUCAGGAGGAUGCUCUGAAUUGUUAGUAUUUCCGUGUUGAAUGUUUAGCGUGUGGAAGAGGGGUUUGGCCUGAGAAAUAAUGUGUUUGAGUGAGGAUUUAAAGGUCCAAUGCAGCCUUCUUUAUCUCAAUCUCAAAUCAUUUCUGGGUAACAAUUAAAUACCUUACUGUGAUUGUUUUCCAUUAAAAUGGUCAAAAAGAAACAAAAAUAGAUUCUUAGCAAAGUUCAAUUUCUCAAGUAAGAAUUUUGGUAGGACUGUCUGGAAGUGGUCUGAGUGGGGAGGGGAAAACUAAAAACUAGCUGUUAUUGGCAGAGUGGUUUGGAACCCUCUUUCUUAAUGGUCUAUUAACAAAUGUAUGGUGAUGUCAUGAGGCAAGCCAAAACUCCAUUCCUCCAAAACAGGCUAAAAUUUCAGCCGAUCUUUUCAAACAGCUCUUACACUAAAAAGGCAUUAUCAUUUUCACAGUAUUAUUCCAACCUCAUACUGUGGAAAUAUAAAACACAGGAAAAUCUAGUUUUUGACUACACUGGGCCUUUAAACAGUUUAUUUGCGUAAGGAAGAGUGUGUUUGAGUGAGGAUUUAAACAGUGUUUGUGUGAGGAAGAAUGUGUUUGCGUGAGGAAGAGUGUGUUUGCUUGAGGAAUAGUGUGUUCGCAUGAGGAAGAGUGUCUUUGAGUGAGGAUUUAAACAGUGUGUUUGUGUGAGGAAGAGUGUGUUUGCUUGAGGAAUAGUGUGUUUGAGUGAGGAUUUAAACAGUGUGUUUGUGUGAGGAAGAGUGUGUUUGCUUGAGGAAUAGUGUCUGAGUGAGGAUUUAAAGUGUGAGGAAGAAUGUGUUUGUGUGAGGAUUUAAAGUGUGUGUGUGAGGAAGAAUGUGUUUGUGUGAGGAAGAGUGUGUUUGCAUGAGGAAGAGUAUCUUUGAGUGAGGAUUUAAUAGUUGUUUGUAUGAGGAAGAGUGUGUUUGCUUGAGGAAUAGUGUGUGUGUGGCGACUAUACGGUUGAGCUUUAACUCUGGAGCAAAAGACCAUACAGAUCUCUGCUUUUGUCAUACGAGAGGUGCUACUAUCACUGGUUUUAAAACUGGUACUAUUUUGACUGGUUUCCGUUGGUUCAAAACUCUGCGUUGCUUAACCAUCCCAUUUGGGGAUUAGGAGGGAAGAGGAUAGGUGAUGGGGAGGGAAAUGGAUAAGGGAUAGGGAGGGAGGAGGGGUUUAGAAG